GUGCAACUGUUUCAGAUCGGUUGCACUAAAUAUUUUUUUAUUUUCAAUUUAACGUUAUUUUUCUCCCUCGAGGAGUACUACAAAAUUGUAUAAUGUUCGAUUAAAAGUCGUAGUUUUAGUAGCUAGUUUUCCCCUUAUUGUGUUGUCUUAGUGUAGAAUUUUAAAAUUCGAAAAUAUUUCAAAUUUUACGUAAAGUAUCCAACAUAACCUACAAAAUUAGUCGUUGUUGUGAGUGCGUUUGUGUUUCUAAGCAAAUCAACCUGAAAGAAAAUUAAGAAAUAUCGUGUCCCCAAAAUCUCAUCGUAAACAUCAACAAGAAAAUGGAUCGCAUAUGGGCCGCAUCUAAGACGUAUAGAAAUAUGCACAACUGACAGGCGCAAGUGUCAACAAAGGCGGCCAAAAAGCCAGGGAAUAGGCCAUAAAUUAUUUGGUUCAAGUGCAGCCACCAUGAAUCUGUACACUCUAUACGAUUGGAUCACAUCAUUGCUCCGUCCGCCCGGCGCCAGUGUAAGCUACAAGGCGAUCGAGGCGUCGGCUCUCGAAGAGUUGCCAGCAACAUCAUCAUCGGCAACAGCAACAUCCACAGCAGCAACAUCAGUGCCGGCAGCAACAUUGCGCGCCACUGGAGCGGCAGCAACUUGUGUGGAAGUUGAGUUCAUACCCACGCUAAAUUUUAUAUUUGAGAAGCCAACUUCGUUCAGUGAGCAACAGUCUCCGGAGAAUUCUGAACAUGUGGCCCCUGGUGCGUCCGAUAAGGAACCUGCAGAUGAUUGCGACUCCGACAAUGACUCCACACACACUUAUAUAAUAUCGCGGAGCAGCUGGACAGAGGUCACAUCGAGUAGCACACCAUAUGCGGUCACGUCCACGGACACCGCCGAACUAUUGAGGCGACAGAACAAUCUCAGUCUCACGGAGGAGGAUCAGUCGGUGUCGUCGUUUAGCAUUGAACAACCCACCAGUUCCAUGACCAUUGACAUGGCCGAGCAACAGACAACAAGAACCACAACGACGGGGACGACCACGACGAGUAGUGCCGAUGUUGUGGCCACAACCGCCACGACAACAACCACAACUAGCAGUAGCAUAGAGGAGGAGAUCGAGGAAGCCAUCGAGAUCAGUGAGGUGGAGGAACAAUUAAACUCCCCACUGGAAUCUCUAUCGGAGGCAGCUGCCUUUGCCCGGCCAAAGGAUAAGCAAUCAAGUGCCAAAAGUUUGAGCAGCAAUCCGGAUGGGGAAGAGGAUGAGGAUGCGGAUGAGUUUCGUAUCGAUGAUGCCCAGCUAUCUGGCGGUCAAUUGGCUCAGCAUUUCCUGGUCGCCGAUGAGGAUGAGAGCGAGGAGGGCUCGGAUCUUCCAGCUGCCUCCAAAGUGGAGGUGAGUCACUCCACCGAUGAUGAUGACUUCGACAUUAGUUUGCCUUUGGAGCAGAGGAAACCUGUGCAUUCCCUGCACGAGGAUGAGGAGUCAGUGGAUCAAAGUUUGAGCAACCAAAGCACUACGGAUGAUGUUUCCGAAUUGGUUGAGGAGCCAGUUCUGGAAAAGGGAGAUAAAACCGAGGAAAGUGAGGCCAUCAGUGCCAGUGCUCCUCAGGAAACUCAGGUCGAUGAAAGUCAAAUAACAGAAGAGCAGGAUCAUUCAAUGGAAGAAAUAGUGGCCACAAAUGAAUCUAUCGAAGUGACAUACGAAGCUGAGGAAACAGCAAAUACGUCACACAAACAGGACUUAGUAACGGACUUGGAUGAGGAGCAGGAGGAUCGGGUAGAAGAGGUUACAAGGCCUACGUCUACGGUUGAAACCCUGAAGCUACCUCCGCUACAAGAACCUCAGAUCAUGGAACGUAAAACAGCUAAAGCUUUGCAAACUUUACGCUUGAAACCAGAGGCUCUUGAACCUUUAGAGCUAACCAUUCUGGAAAUAGAUGACGAUGAAGAUGAUGACGAUGACGAAGAGAGUUCCCUGCAACUGAUGAAGCUGCGGUUGAUGGCCAUGAAUCAACAAAUGAUUACGGACAAUGCUCCAAAACUUUCGCCCACGGAAGCAGAGCAAACACAAGUAAGCAGCAGCUCCAACAAUUUGGAGCUCAAACAAAUGGAGCGAGUGCCUCUCACAGAAUUCUCCAAGGAUGUUCUCGAGGAUAUCACCGAAGAAAGCGAGAGACUACUGUCCAUGAGCACAACCAUCGAAGAGGAACAAGAUCCACCUUCCUUGUCCCUAGAUGAAUCCAAAACUCUACUACAUGCAGGUGCCAGUAAGGCAGCAGGCAGUAGUUCCAGUUUGGUGAGCCUGAACAUGCUCAAGCAAUUGGAGGCCAAAGUACAGGAGCUACAUACCCAACUGGAGACCAAGGACAACUGCCUGGCAUCGCUGAAUCUUCAACUUGAGGCGGCCAGAAGGGAAUCCAGUGCGGGUCCAGCUUCGGCCAGGGAUUCCAGUUCGCUGAUGACCAACUCCACGGAGUAUCGCACUCUACAGGAUGAACUUGGCGGACCGACUUUGGAUAUUUAUGUGGAGAUGUCGCGAAGAGAUGAGAUGAUUGCCAAACUAACCGAUUCUCUGCAACAAUCGCUGAGUGUGCGUGAAAAACUACAAGCGGAUUCAGAUCGUAUGGGCGGCGAAGUGCAGAAUUUGCGUCGCCAACUUCAGGAAACAAUAGAGGCAGUGAAACGUUCGAGUGUCGUUUGGCCGGAACAGGAAUGCAAUCCCGGCCAGCGUCUCUCGGAGAUUUCCAUGGAUCUAAUCAGCGAAAGCGAUGAUGAUUUGGAUCGUCAUUUUCUUACGGACAACGAGGAGCGCGGAUCGCGGAGCUCCAAGGAGAGACAAUUGCCUCAGUUCCAAGCCAACGAAGAAUUGGGUCUGCAGGCCACAAAUCCGGAGUGGACACCGGCAUUUAGCAAGCAGAUCGAGCAGUUCCACACCUAUUUGCUGCCCACGGAGCAGCGCAUCUUCCUAAUGGUUCAGCGCAAGUUCGAUGAUUAUUUGAACCAGCAGAUUGCCCUAUGUCGGGAUUUAGGCGCCCAGGAGCUAAAGAUUGCCCGCGAUCAGUGGGAGAGCGAGAAGCAGAGCAGCGAACAGAUCCAGCAGGCAGCGCAUGCCAAGCAAAUGGAGGAGCUGCGCAAGUACUUCGAGCACAAGUGCGCUGAUCUGGAGAAGCAGUUCUCGGAUGACGUCUUCUCGCACAAGUCGCAGCACCAAGCUGGAGACAGCUCCUCGGAGUGCUCUGAGGUGGAUCAGCUGCCCGAGGAGUCGGCAUCCGCGGUGGCCUCCAAGGAACCUUCGCCCCGCAAACGGAAGCGAGCUGAGCUGCUUCUGAGUCCUAGUCACAGGCAGAUGACUCCCUGUGGAUUGGACUCCCUGGGAGAGACUACUGGUCAAGCUGGCAAAGAUAAUUCUCCGGAUAUAUCCGACCUGAAGAUAUUUUACCAAUCGCAUAUUAAGGAGCUAAAACGCGCUCACGAGGAUCAGGUGCGCAAGCUGAGCGAUCGCAUAAAGUUCUAUGAACGCCGCCACGGUGACGAUGACUACAAGCCCGCAACCGAAUCGCCCACUGCUACCUGCCCGGAAAAGGGUCCCGAAGAGGGACUCGCGAAUACCUCCCUGAUCAUCAUCGAUGAGGACGAGUUGAACUUUAAUAACGAAUCGCAGGUGAUCCAGCGGAUCAUCGAGGAGUAUGAAAGGAGGUUACAGGAGCAAUUGGCGUUGGCUCGCCAGGACAUCGCCACCGAGUUGGAGCAGCAGAUUCAGAAUUUGUUGUCGGAGAAUACUGUGGAUGAUCAGCAUUGGCCCAAGGAGCUGAUCUUGCUGCGCGAGAAGUUUACGGCCAAGAGUCAACUGGAGAUCACUCAGCUGAAUAUUAAACAUGCCGACGAGAUGUCGCGCAUGAAACUGGAAUACGAAAAGCAGCUGAAUCGGAAAAACAAGCGUCACCUGACCUUCGAUGCGACCCGUGACCUGGAGCAGGCGAUCUGCGAACGGGAUGGAUUGAGGGAGCUGUCCAAGAGUUUCCGCAGCGUGAUCUGCCGGCUGGCCAAGUGUGUGGCCAACUGUGAGGAGGAUCUGAAUAACACCCUCUCCGAGGAAGUGCAACGCCUGCUGUUCCACAGUCGCAGCCAGGAUGCGGGUGACGAUCUGGAAGUGACCCUCAGCGGCUCCCUGAACAACACAAAGCAAAUGCUCCGAGUGCCGGAUGUGCACAGUCUGCUGGAAGUUGUGGAGGAUCCCAGUUUGGUGCAGUUCAUCGACAGCAAGAGCAACGAAGAGCCAAGUGAGGAUUUCGAUUUGAAUGAUUGCCUGGAGCGCUUGAAGUCGGAAGCCUCCUAUCUGUUGCAUUUGUCAGAGGAUUUGAAUAAACAGCGACCACACGAUGAGUCCUCGGAGCACCUGGACGAGCCGGAAAAGCAGGAGCAUGAGCUCUGCUGCGAGGCGGAGGAUGGUCUGAAGACCACAGCGGCGGUGCAGCAGCAAGUCCUGACCAAAUUCCUGCGCACAAACUCACUGAAUGAUCAGCAAAUGGGCGUGGCCAGUCAGCGGAAGAACAGCAAUCCGGAGGCGGGAAAAACACAUACCUCGCUGCCACCAGAUCUUCAGCAGCAUGCAGGCAAUGCCUCGGAGCUAUCCUUCCAGCUGGUGCAGCUUAAGAAUCGCCUGAUUAAAUCGGAGGCGGAUCGUCAGAAUUUACAACAGCAAUUGAGUCACACCAUCGAUCGCAAUGCAGAAUUGGGGCAGGAGCUGCAGGCCCUCAGGGAUCAGCUUUCCCAGCUGAAUUCCCUUAACCACACGGACUACAAUGAGGGCUAUGGCCUGGGGCCCAUGAAGAGCCUGCAGGAACAGGGAUUGGAUCAAUCAUCGGCCAGUUUUCUUGCUCUCCAGGAGCGGGCGCGUCAUUUGCUCUCAUCGUCUCCUGUGAAGGAGCCACCUUCAAGGGAUCAGGCGAAUUCCACGGUCACCUUGCUGCAAAUGAUCGAAGACUUUUGCCGCGAGGGCGACAAAGUGGUGGAGUGUGGCAAGAAGGAUCGCGAGGAUCUGCAGUCCCAGAUCGAUACCGCUGACAAGCAGCUGAAGGAUACCAGGCGAUUCCUGGAGGAUCAGGCCGCUGAGCGCGAACAAGAGCGCGACGAAUUCCAGCGCGAAAUCGAGCGGCUGAAGGCUCAGUUGCGCGACAAAGAGAAGGAGCACAGCUCCUAUGCCAAUGCCUCCGAGGAGUUGAAGUUAGCGAAGCGAAAGCAUUAUGCACAGCUGGAGGGACAGUUUAGAGAGGUUAAUCAUCAGCUCAGCGAGUCGAAUGCCAAGCGGGAUAAAUUCGAGGUGGAGCUGAAGGCCUCGAUUGACAAGAUCUUUGUGCUGCGCGAGAUCAUCUCGGAACUGGAGACCCAAGUCCAAACCAAGGCUCUCAACGAACAAGUUCUGGGCGAGAAGGCCAAGCAAUUGGAGGAAUAUGUCAGCUUGCAGAUGAGGGACAAUGAUGCCCUGCAGCAGGAAGUGCACAGCUUGAAGACAGACAUUGGAGAGGGCUAUCAAUCGCGUAUCCGAUUGCUGGAGGAGAAGCUGCAGCAGGGAAGACCAUCCGCCGAACAGGGCUCGGUUUUGAGUCAGGUGGCGGAGAAGCUACGAGAUAUUGAGACUACGUUGGAUCAGAAGACCAAGAUCCUGGAAUCCCUGCACAACUCCAACACGGUCUCCAAUUCGGGCAGCUUGAGUGUCACCGAAGAUGUUUCCAUUCAUGGCAGUAAGGAGCCCACGGCAGCGGGUUCACCCUCGCAUACAUCACUCACCGUGGAAGGUGUCCAGCGGGUUACCGAGAAGCUGGACCGGCACACUCGCGUGGAGGAGGCGGCCAUCAAGCGGAUUCGCGACCUGGAGAUGCAGGUCCAUCAAUUGCGAGCCGGCUGCGUGGAGCUGCAACAUGAACGGGACUCCCUGCAGGGCCGAAUGGAUGAGCAGACCCAGCGGAUAUCGACACUCCAAAAUCGCCUGGAGGAGCAGCGCCAGCGGGCGGAGCAACUGCAUCGUGCCGGCACCUCCGAUUUGAAUACCCGAGUCCAUGAACUCCAGGGUGAAGUCCAGAAUCUCAGCGAGCAACUGACUGCGCGGGACAAACAGAUGGCCACCCUGCGGCAGCAGCUGCAGCGCAGCAAGGAGGAGAUAAUGCGACUGGAGGCGGAAGUCACGGUGCGCACUCAACCAGAUCGCAGUCUGGUGGAUAAACUGCAGGCCGAAGUGCAGCAGAGGGGAGCAGAGAUUGCCAAACUAAAGGAUAAGAUACGCACGGAGAUGAUCAACCGUCUGGCCGUUCCGGAUCUAAUGGAGACCAUGCUGGCGGACAAGAACGAUGAGAUUGAUCACCUUCGCGAUCAACUGGAAGCCAAGGAGAAGGAACUGCUGGCUGCCCAUCAGGAUGGCAGCCUCAUCUCAUCCCCAGCAGGAGCAGCAGGCAAGCAGGAAGGUAGCGGUGGCAAGUUGAGUGCUCGUACGCUCAGCGAUAUCGGAUCGAUUACCGAGUUCCCCGAGCCGGAUGUGGAUCGUCGAGCAGCAAUGCGAAGUAUCAACGCUCCCCUCCAGAUGAGCGAUGGUGCGGGCGUCUUCCUGCACCAGACAAUGGAAACCUCCAAAGAGGCGGUGGCCAAUUUAACGCACAAGCGCACCGACGACCUGAGCGGUUUCAUGGCCCCGUAUCCGGUCAACACCUUUGAGCAUCCUCACUACUUCCAGGCCCUGGGAGUCACUGCCCAGAGCAGCGAUGGCCUCACACCUGGCCUGGUGCCCAGGCAGAUCAACUUCUCCAACCUUACAGAGGAUUCCAAGGUGAAGACCUCUAGUUUGCUGAUGCGCACACCGGAAAUGCCAAGACCCAUGACUCCUCCUGAAGUCCAGCAAUUGCGACUGAAGCUCUCCAAUUUGGAAACGGAAAAGCAGCGACAGCAGAGUGAAUUGGAUAUCAAGUUACAGGAUCUGCAAAAGGAAUUGCAGCAGGAGAAGGAGAAGCUAAGUCGUCAGGCCCAAAGUCUGCAAAGCCAUGAAGAGAAUGAAGUCAAGUAUAGGCUACGUAUUGAGUCCCUGGAGUCCAAGAUCCUGGAGACAGCUGCCCAGGCAGCUAGCGAUCGAGAGAAUCUCCGCAAGGAACUGAAUUGCGUUAGUGCUGCCCAUGAACAGUGCGAAGAUGCAGCAGCUGCUCGUAAGCGGGAGUCGGAAAUCCUCAACAGCGAAGUCAAGAUUAAGGCUGAUCAGCUACAAGCUGCCUUAAGGCGUACUGGGGAUCUGGAGCUGCAGGUUCUAAACUUAGAGCGAGAAUUGGAGCGCUUGAAGAACAGUGAGAACAGCUCGAAGCAGUAUUCGGUGGACGAGAUUGCCCAGCAGGUGGAAAAGGAACUAAACUACUCCGCCCAGCUGGAUUCCAAUAUCCUUAAAGCCAUCGAAAGCGAGGAGGAGAACAAUCUGGACAAAAAGCAGCAGAAGGGAGUGCAAACGGAGGUGGAAACUCUGCCAGGAACGGGCAAUGGAACCGACGACGAGAACUUCACCGGCGAGCGGGAACUGCUCAAUCAAUUGGAAGCCCUUCGCGCUCAGUUGGCAGUGGAACGUGAGCAAUGCGAGGCAAUGAGCAAGGAGCUUCUGGGUGAGAAGCAGCACUCACAGGACAUUCAAGAGCAGGAUGUAAUCAUCAUAGAGGCUAUGAGGAAACGCCUGGAGACUGCUCUGGAUGCAGAGGACGAGCUCCACAAGCAGUUGGAUCAGGAACGGGAACGCUGCGAGCGUCUCCAAACCCAAUUGACUUCCCUGCAGCGAGCGGAGAGUCGAAGGAAUAGUUCUCUGCUGCUUAAGUCACCGGGCGACUCACCCAGGAAAUCCCCACGAGCUGAUUUCGAAUCUGAACUCGGAGAUCGUCUGCGCAGUGAAAUCAAACUGUUGGCUGCUCAGAAUGAGCGGGAACGGGAGAGAUCAGCGGAUGCUCAGCGGAGCAGUGAGCGGGAACGUCAGCGGUAUGAAAAGGAGCUGCAGGAGCGAGUAGCCUACUGCGAACGUCUCAAACAGGAGAUGGAGAAGUUAGCCCGCGACAAGGACUCAGCUGAAUCGGAGUUAGAGCACUUUAACGAACGCCUCACCCUGCAAGCCGGCGAGAUUGAGAGCUUGGAGGCCAGGCUAGUCACUCUCCAGGAGGCGGAGACGCGUAGGGCCAACACACGCACCCGCCAGCACCAGGAGAACGUGAAACUCCAGGCCGAGAUCCAUGAACUUAAGUCCAAACUGUUAAGCGCAGAGGCAGCUAGGGAUUGCCUCGAACAGAAGGUCACCCAGCUCCGCUUCGAUGUGAGUCGCUCCGGUCAGAGGGAAGCUAAGCUAGCUGAAGCCUUGGCGCAGGCCAAUGAUCGAUUGGCCCACAGCACCGAUGACAAUGUGCCGGCCCAGUUUCUGCAGAAGAUGAAGGAGAUCAACACGCUGCUGGCGGAGAAUACCCAGGAGAACCGGCAGAUGGCCGAAACCGUUCAGUUUUUGGUGGGCGAGCGAAUUGCCCUGCAAAAGAAGUGCGAGGAGUUGGGUGGCGCCGGCAACACCAAUGUCACUGAACUGGAGGAGCGCUGCCGGCAGCUGAUCGGUCGCUACUUGCGGGUGGAGUCGCAUCGCAAGGCGCUGGUCUACCAGAAGAGGUAUCUGAAGCUCACUUUGGAGGGCUACCAGGCCAGUGAGCAGUUGGCACUGCAGAACCUGCGAGGUGCCCAGCCUACCCAACGAAAUAUUAAAAAGAAGUUCAAGACUGUGGCCCUGGCGAUCAUUGCCAUCCAGCGAAUCAAAUACAUUGGACGCAUUUGGCAUACGGGCAAGCGGAUUGUGAGCAAGUCGGUCUUCACAAUAACCCAGCAGAGAAGUCCGGGACUCAACCUGAACGUGGCGCCGCCCCAGUCCCCGCUGCCUGGACCCAACCCGAAUCUACCCACCAAUAAUAACAACAACCUCAUGGGCCGUCUUAGCUAUGCGCCCCUCUCACCGCCGAUGGUUAGUUACAGCACCGUGCAGCCAAUAAUGCUGCCAUCGGAUUUUACCCUCCAAGCGGCAACAUCUUCGUUGCAGAGCACCAUUGCCAACAAUAAUGCUGAUAACAGCUUGCCCUCGCUGGCGAGAUUGGACUGGCCAACUAUGCAGAAACCAAAAAGAGCGCAUGCGCGGCAUCACUGAAGCCUGAGAGUAUCCCACAACCCUUCUAGGAAAGCUCAACUGAGGCCCCAACUAUAAGUGAAGCCAUAUCGAAGACACUCUGCAGCAUGGAAGCAUCAAGGAUGCCAGGACAAGCGAUCCAUUUUAGUGUUAAUUACCUGUACCAUUUGUGUCCCAAAACCUAGUCUUAAGCUGUUGUAAACCUAAUUUAAGCGUACGCGCAAGCACACCAAACUUAGACAUGUAAUCAUUUGUAAGUGUUAUUUGUAUUUACCGCCCAAGUGUAGCCAUAAGCAUAAACCUAAUCCGUGUCCCAGUAUUUUGAUUGGUUCGACUGACUAUUGGCUGACAAAUCCCAAAGUCAUUUAUGUUUAAUUUUAUUUUUUUGGGUUUUGCCCGUAUAAGUUUCUGAUAAGUUGAUUAAACCAAAAUUGAUUUCAUAUUGAAAAGGUUUCUCUUUAUUAUUUUCUGUACAUAUAUGGAAUGUGCCUUAAGUGUGAGGAUUCACUGGACAAUUAAGAAUUCGAUUCACCACAUCAUUCAAAUAAAGGUUUAAAUGUUAAUGAUGUAAAAA